AUGGACACUUACGAUAUCAUCCUCUCUUCGCAUCAUCAAGCCACGUAUGAUAAGAGUACAAAAAGAGGUAAAUCGUUAAUCAAUAACAUCACAUCUGAGCUCAUCUCAGACUCCCACUUGGAUUUAUCAACCCUUGGACCAUCAGUCGACGUAACCAUUACCAACACUCUAGCUGAAUCGAGCGACACAUACCAUAAAUAUGUACUCGGUCAUCCAGGUUCAGAUGUAGUUGCCAGGCAGAUGGUAGAAAGAUCAAUGGAUCAGAUCAAGUUAGCCUCGGUGAAAAAAGCCAAAGGGAGAAAGAGGAACAACAAACCUCUCUUCGGGGUUUCAAGUUAUCAUAGUCAAGUAUCUAGGAACACGUUGACAACGCAACAGAGAGUCGACGUCGAACAAAUGACGAGGUACGACCAGCCUGCAGUCGGGCAAGGGUCAACGUCAGUCGCUGUGCCACGAUCACAGCUUCAACUGCCACAAAGUCAAGUGCAUAAUCCCUUUGGACAUGCAGCAUCAUACAGCACUCCUCAAUCUCAGGGUGUCAUCCCUUUGAGCGAAUAUGACUCCAAUUUCAGUACGAUGAAUUACAUGAAUAUCAGACCGAUGCGAGAUUACACCGAAACUUACAAUUCAUGUGACACGGCAACUCAAGCAUGGCUCGAAAACCUCUCUCGAAGAAUGUCAAAAUUCGACUAUCCCUUUCUGGUAGCUUUCGCGAAUGACGAGAAGGUAUUCACACAAGGUCUGCAUUCGAUUUUCAGCGAGAGAAGUACGAUAAUCCAAGAACUCUAUGGUGAUACCGGUGUCGGCUCAUACUCGAAUGGGAAGGUAUUGAUGAGUCAGAUUUUAUCGAGGGCAAAAGAGUUUAGGGCUUAUGAGGAUCAACAGAGAAGCUAUUAUCAACAGCGACAACAAGGGUAUGGUGGUUUCGCUUCCACAAGUGAAGAGCGAUCGAACGAUGAGACGAGUACUGCGGAUCACACUGGUAGAUUGUAUGAUCCUGUUAGAGAUAGACACCUCUAA